UGUGGCCUUAAAUUAUCUUUCACAUAACAUGAAAUUGGUGUGAAAAAAAAUAAUAUUAGCAAAAGUUAUCGUUUAUCAACUUACGAACUCAUUAAGUUAUCAUCAUUGUCCUUUAGUAAAAGUUCUCAUGUGUAAGUUGGGAGUGAUACUGGUCACCCACUUCUCCACGCGAAGAACACCUAAACCUGCUUUCUGUUACCAAAGCCAGACAGUUGUAACGCGUACCCCCAGAUAACAAAUAGCUGAGCAGGACUGGUGUCCUGUCUGCUUCCACGCAGGCUGCAGAGUGGGAUGAACCUGCAGAUAUGCUUCGUCAAUGACAGCGGCAGUGAUAAGGACAGCGAUGCUGAUGACAGUAAGACUGAAACCAGCUUGGACACCCCCUUGUCUCCCAUGAGCAAACAGAGUUCUUCCUAUUCUGAUAGAGACACUACUGAAGAGGAAUCCGAAUCCCUGGAUGACAUGGAUUUCCUCACAAGGCAAAAGAAAUUGCAAGCCGAAGCCAAAAUGGCCCUCGCCAUGGCCAAACCAAUGGCCAAAAUGCAAGUAGAAGUGGAAAAACAGAACAGGAAAAAGUCUCCCGUCGCUGAUCUCCUACCACACAUGCCUCACAUAAGCGAAUGCCUGAUGAAAAGAAGUUUAAAGCCCACCGACCUGCGGGACAUGACUCUCGGGCAGCUACAAGUGAUAGUCAAUGAUCUCCAUUCCCAGAUAGAAAGUAAGUGUGCGGGUGCUUGAAAAUGGGGUGUCAAGUGUGAAAUAUCGUGGGA